AGCCGCACUGAGGGAGGUGUGAGCGGGAGAGCGGGUUGGAGCUGAAGCCAUGAGCUCUUCCUCCUCAUCCGUCCGCGAGGCUCCUAUAGAAUCCCCGCAUCCGCCGUCAUUCCAUUCGCGCGGCGCGCUGGAAGCAUGAGGUCGAAGCGGAAGUGUGUCAGGCUGAGCCCCUCUUCUGCGCUGACAGCAUCACGCGCCAACUGAAUCCGAGAGAGAGAGAGAGAGAGAGAGAGAGAGAAGCAGCACGCACGCGCGUAACGGACAGAUUGGACACCUGAUUUCGAGCGUCUUUGGAGCGCUCUUUUAUUUUUUGAACCCCCCUCCUCUCCCCAUAAGCCGGUGAUUUAAAGGCCCUGGCGGUGCGACGCGGCAAAUAUCCCACCUAGGAUUACCAUCAGCAUGGACUAACGGCAAGGAGAGGACGCGCCGAACAGCCUUCAUUAUUAUUUUUUCUUUUCUUUUACGCAGAAGUCAAGCAUCUGUGCCGCAGAAGUCAAAUAUCUGUGGCGAAGGAGGAAAAAAAGAGCAGGGUGUUGUCAAAGAGAGGAAGAGGAGGAGGAGGAGGAGGGGGGCAGUAUGAGGUGUGCUUUUUUUGGAAAAGCCGGAGAAAGACGGAGACCGAGAAGGUGUACUGACGCGCGAGAGCCUGCGACGCGCAGCCCUCUUGAGAAAUAACUGCGAUCCGACAAGAAAUGGCCUAGUUUAGGGGAGGAAAGAAAAAAAAAUCCACAGAGGACAGAGAGAAGAAUCGUGUUGUAGGUGGACGCAUCAUCACCGUUAGAUCGUCAUCUGUCUUCAAGGUUUAAUUGGCGUCCAGACUGCUGCGCUGGACCCGAUGGGAAUUUCAAUGGAGAGAGCCGACGAGACCACAGAGGCUACUUGAGAAUGCUACCUGUCCCUCCGGCUCACCAUGUCAUCCUAGAAACCCUAUUAACUGCUCCCCUUCCACCGUCCCUCUUCUCGCCUCUGUCAUUUCCUGUAACCCCCUUAAGUUAGAUCCCACUCUUGUCCUCGCUUACGUCCCUGCAGUUUGAGCGUGCCAGCCUUUGCUUUGGACAUGUUUCUUUUGUUUUAUGGCACCGGCCACCAAGGCUGCGGUGGGAGGCGGCCUAACACGUCUCGGCAGGUUGCUAAACCCUGUCUACUGUGGCUCCUGGGGCUGGUGCUGCACCUGACGCUGUCGUCCUCUCAGCGAAUCGACCUGAAGUACCCCAUCGUGUCCACCGUUUAUGGAAAAGUCCGCGGCAUCCGCAAGGAACUCAACAAUGAGAUCUUGGGCCCGGUAGAACAGUUCCUAGGUGUGCCGUACGCCACCGCUCCGGUCGGCGAGCGGCGUUUCCAGCCUCCCGAAGCGCCGGGCUCCUGGCAGGAGAUCCGCAACGCCACCCAGUUCGCGCCCGUGUGCCCCCAGAACGUGCACGGCGUGCUGCCGGAAAUCAUGCUCCCCGUGUGGUUCACUGACAACUUGGAUGCAGCAGCCACCUAUGUUCAGAACCAGAGCGAGGACUGCCUUUACCUCAACAUUUAUGUACCGACAGAAGAUGGUCCACUCACAAAAAAACAUGACGAGUCUACAAUGAACAGACCAAAGGAUGAAGAUAUCCGGGAUCGCCGUAAGAAGCCGGUCAUGCUUUUCAUCCAUGGUGGCUCCUACAUGGAGGGCUCAGGGAACAUGUUUGAUGGCAGCGUCCUCUCUGCCUACGGAAACGUAAUCGUCGUCACCAUGAACUAUCGACUUGGUGUGCUUGGCUUUUUGAGCACAGGGGACCAGUCUGCGAAGGGGAACUAUGGCUUGUUGGACCAGAUCCAGGCUCUGCGCUGGCUCAAUGAAAACAUCGGCCACUUUGGAGGAGACCCAGAGAGAAUCACCAUCUUUGGCUCGGGGGCCGGAGCUGCCUGUGUGAACCUCCUCAUCCUCUCCCAUCACUCCGAGGGCCUGUUCCAGAGGGCAAUCGCACAAAGCGGCUCGGCCAUCUCCAGCUGGUCAGUCAACUAUCGACCCCUGAUGUACACCAAAAUCCUGGCCAAGAAGGUGGGCUGCUCCUUUGGGGACAUGGCGGACUUGGUGGACUGUCUACGAAGGAAGAGUUUUCGGGAGUUGGUGGACCAAGACAUCCAGCCAGCGCGCUACCACAUCGCCUUUGGACCUGUGGUGGAUGGGGACGUGGUGCCAGACGACCCUGAGAUCCUCAUGCAGCAGGGCGAGUUCCUCAAUUAUGACAUACUGCUGGGCGUCAACCAAGGAGAAGGUCUGAAGUUUGUGGACGACAGUGAGGGAGAAGAUGGAAUAUCAGCAGCAUCCUUUGACUACACUAUCUCCAACUUUGUGGACAAUCUAUAUGGAUAUCCUGAUGGUAAAGAUAUCCUCAGGGAAACCAUAAAGUUCAUGUACACGGACUGGGCUGACAGGGACAACAGUGACAUGCGUAGGAAGACCCUCCUGGCUCUGUUCACCGACCACCAAUGGGUAGCCCCAGCUGUCGCCACUGCCAAGCUGCACGCUGAGUUCCAGUCGCCUGUCUACUUCUACACUUUCCACCACCACUGUCAGACGGAGGCCAGGCCCGACUGGGCCGACGCUGCCCACGGAGAUGAGAUCCCCUACGUGUUUGGGAUCCCCAUGGUCGGAGCCACUGACCUGUUUCCUUGUAACUUCUCCAAGAACGACGUGAUGCUCAGCGCCGUUGUCAUGACCUACUGGACCAACUUUGCAAAGACGGGAGAUCCCAAUCUGCCAGUUCCUCAGGACACCACGUUCAUCCACACAAAGCCCAACCGUUUUGAGGAGGUCAUCUGGACAAAAUUCAGCUCCAAAGACAAGCAGUACUUGCAUAUUGGCCUAAAGCCUCGAGUCAGAGAUAAUUACCGAGCCAACAAGGUGGCAUUUUGGCUCGAGCUGGUGCCACAUCUCCACAGCCUACAUGAGGAAAUCAUUAGCUCCAUUACCACUCGGUUGCCGCCCAAUAACCGACGGAAGCCCCCUCAUCCUGGCACCCGCUCCACACGACACCCGGUAGUCUCCACUUACCCACCGGAUACUGAUCCGGAUGUUUCGGAAAGACCCCGCUACUCUCCUUUUCCCAGUGAAACAAGGGACUACUCGACCGAGCUGAGUGUGACGGUAGCUGUUGGAGCUUCGCUGCUUUUCCUCAACGUGCUGGCAUUCGCCGCGCUUUACUACAAACGGGAUAAGCGACACGAACUCAUGCAAAGGCGUCACCGCCGGCUGUCCCCUCACCGCGGCACGACGGCGGGAAUGGGCGUCGGCAUGGGAGUGGUAGGGGCCCCGCCUCAUAACGACCUGGCGCUGAGUCAGGAGGAGGAGCUAAUGUCGCUGCAAAUGAAGCAGCAGAGGGUGGAGCUGGAGCACGGGACACCGCUCCCGUCGCGCGGCGUCCACGGCGAUCUGGAGACCCUGAGGUGCCCGCCUGACUAUACGCUGGCCCUGAGGCGAGCCCCAGAGGAUGUGCCACUCAUGACCGCCAACACCAUAACAAUGAUCCCCAGCACCAUCAGCAGCAUGCAGCCCCUCCACCCUUUCAACACAUACCCGCCCAUCCCAACCCCUUCUUCUACACCCGUCCCCAGCCACAGCAACAAUGCCCUGCCACACCAACACUCCACCACCCGGGUAUAGGACCAGGUACAAGCUUUUCCACCCCUCUCUGAGCUCACACUCCUCCAUUCAAACUUCACUUUUAUCACCUCGUUUGACUUCUUUCUCAUAAAGCCCUCAAACAAAGCUGCAGUUUGUAAGAGACAAAGCAAAGGAGUACCUCCAAACUCUAAAUACAACUCAGAGAGACCGUUUCAAAAGCUUCUCUGUCAUAGCACGCCACAACGCUUUGCCCUGUUAGCUCUAUGAAUAUUUGGUGCUUAGAAAAGUUGCUAAGCUUUAUGCUUGUAGCUCCCUCAGUUGGGUAUCAUAAUCGAGUCACACAUUGGAUGUGUAGCUUAGUCAUUGGGCGCAAGUGGUUUUUCUGUGAGUGUGUCUGUGUAAAACUAUGUUUAACAAAGCAACACAAAUAUGCAUUUUUUGGGGGGGUUUGUUUGCAAAAUGACGAUUCAGUAGCAAGCAGCGUUGUAUGGGGCAACAUAUGUCCGAGCAAGCUGUCUCUUAAGAAGCCCGAUUUGUCGGAACUUACAAAUUGCAGCUUUAAAGGCCCAAUCUGGAAGUCAAAUUUGGCACCGACAAACCCCAACAGCUGUGUCUGCAUUGUGGUUUCUGGGGUUUUUGUUUAGCAUGAAAUCAAUUAGCAAAGCCGGGAGAACAAGACUGAAGCCCCGUGUGAUGGCAAGGCUAACAAAAAACAAAAAUGUACGCUAGGAUCGCUCCACUCCUCUAAAUUCAUGGAAUCUGUGCACUCACUGCCACAGCGUUUAAAACACUUCCAGAUUUGAGCUUCAUCUCUUGGGCAGACCAGGAAAUUACUGAGUCCCAUUUGUACGGUGGCCUUGAAGUCCAAAUCACACAAACAAAUGACUCAAACUAAAAACAUAUUAAAGAUCACAACAAACAAAAAUGAAAACACAUUUUAAAAGAGUUACAUUUUAUAAUU